AUGGAUUCUCAGGAGACACGCUUGUUUGAAGAAGAACCGGCGCUUAUAAGAUGCCUUCCUGCGUUAAACAACCUUCGCAUGGCAGGCGAGCUAAGCGAUAUGACUAUUGAGCUUCAGGAUAGCACCGAGCUGCGGAUGCACAAAAUCAUUUUUGUUUCCAAAAUACCCUCGCUGCGUGAUGCUGUGUGUGGAACGCCUAAUGAUAAGAAUACCGUCCUCAAAUGGCCAAAUGUGUCCCCUGACGUUGCUAGAGCACUUACGGAUUACGUUUAUACUGGCCAGCUAGAGAUCUCUGAAGACAGUGCUUAUGGACUGAUGGUACUAUCCAAACAACUAGUACUGCCUAAAGUUGAAGAAUGGGUCGCAGCUUUUAUGGCUUCCAGUCGACUUCUAGGUCACAUAAUUAACUGGAUUGCAUGUCCAGCUCUGAGGGCGGAUAAGGAGUGUCCAUUCAAUAGGAACCGCAGGGAGUCAUUGAGUAGCAUCUGUCUCCUCGGUGCACCGGUCACCAGCGGGAAACUGGUUAUGUGCCGGUAUGAUGCUGAGAGUAACACUUUGGAGCAACUAGCCGACAUAACUGACCGACGGAAUGCGACCUUCUUGGCUGCUGAGGGUAAGUUGUGA